AGCACGCGUGCGGGCAGACGAAAGAGAAAGGAGGAGCCGAGCGGACGAAGAGGAGAGCAGAGGAGAGGAGGAAGAAUGAAGGUGUGAGCGCGCUCAGCAGUGCAGCACACAGGGAGCGAGGGAGGAGAGAAGGAUGGAUGAAUAGACGGACGAAAAAAAGAGACGGUCUCUGUGCUGCGGUCAUGGCAACAGCAUCCUCUCACGUCCGGACGUAACCGCGGCAACCCGCUGCUGCUGAUGCUGCUCCUGCAGCUUCUGUAGCUCCUGCAGCUUCAGUGCUAUGAGACUGAGAGGUCUGCCUCGUCGCCCUCGAGUGAGGGAGGAGGGGUCAGAUAGGUGCAGUGCUGCUGUUGGGGGUGUGUGUGCAGCAAGACAGGUGCAAUGAUGCAAAGAGGAAAGAGGGAGAAGAUGAAGAAGGAGUGAAGGAGGGCGAAAGAAAACGAGUGACAGUUACAGUCAAUGGGAUCGCGAGCGUUUCCGUGUGCGUAAGAGACGAUCAGGGCGUAAGCUUCGCCGUCGUCCGUUUCCUCACCGGAGAAGCCAAUAGAGAUAAAGAAGAAGGAGUGAAAGAGAAAACGAGAGGAGAGAAAGGAGUGCGUGUGAGAAAGAGAGACAGAGAAUCGGCGCUUGCACGUGUGAACGGAUAGACUUCGUUAGCAUUAGCUGCUUUUUUUUUUGCCACAGAAGCUGCAUUCGCUCGAAUCGCGCAGCAGGGUCGAGCCAGGGGUCGCUAGGGGUGGCGGUCUCGGGGACAGAGGUCAGAGGUCAGCGGUGUUGACCCCAGAGUGGGUCGUCACGGCGGUCGUUCGGCACGGAGGCGCGCAGCAGCAGUGUGUGUGAGAGAGACGGGAGGAGGGCCACCAUGGGGGAGUGGACUAUACUGGAGAGACUGCUGGAGGCUGCUGUUCAACAGCACUCCACUAUGAUCGGCAGGAUCCUGCUGACGGUGGUGGUGAUUUUCCGGAUCCUGAUCGUGGGCAUUGUGGGGGAGAAGGUAUAUGAGGACGAGCAGAUGAUGUUUAUAUGCAACACGUUGCAACCAGGCUGCAACCAGGCCUGCUACGACAAGGCCUUCCCCAUCUCGCACAUCCGUUACUGGGUAUUCCAGAUCAUUCUGGUGUGCACGCCUAGCCUCUGCUUCAUCACCUACUCUGUGCACCAGUCGGCCAAGCAGAAGGACCGGCAGUACACCUUCCUGCAUGGACCCUACAUCGACCACGGCCACGGCCCGAGCCGAAAACUCAGAAACCUAAACGGCAUCCUGGUACACCCAGACCCCAAAGAUGAGCAUGAAUGCCUGGAGACCAAGGAGAUCCCCAAUGCACCUCGUGGCCUCACACACGCUUCCACCAAGAGCGCUAAGACGAGGCGGCAGGAUGGCAUCUCACGCUUCUACGUCAUCCAGGUGGUGUUCCGGAAUGCGCUGGAGAUCGGAUUCCUGGCCGGCCAGUACUUCCUGUAUGGCUUCAACGUGCCGGCCAUGUUCGAGUGUGACCGCUACCCAUGUGUGAAGGAGGUGGAGUGCUACGUGUCACGACCCACUGAGAAGACCGUCUUCCUCGUCUUCAUGUUCGCCGUCAGCGGCAUCUGCGUGGUUCUCAACCUGGCCGAACUGAACCACCUGGGCUGGAGGAAGAUCAAGACGGCCAUCCGUGGCGUCCAGGCGCGCCGCAAGUCCGUCUGCGAGGUGCGCAAGAAGGACCUCUUACACCUGUCCUCGCUGCCUAACCUGGGCCGCACGCAAUCCAGCGAGUCAGCCUACGUCUGACGGCGGGUCGGGGAGGGG